GACCUGGCAGGCGUUUUGUUUAUUUGCCUUUGCCUUUGCUGCUGGCGAAGGCGACUGACCGAAUCGCUGGGAGUGGAAUGGAGUUGAGUGGAUAUAGCGUAUAUGUGGAUCCAACUGGGAGAGUGGAAAAUGGGAUGUUCUAUGGCUGCAGCUGCCAACAACGCGUAUACGUAAUUUUAUGGCCAAGGCUUCGGUUUGUUCGCUUGCGGCUCAGCCGUUGUUAUUGUUUAUAAGGCAAACGUUCAGCGGACCACUCGGUGGCACUCUUAAAGUGAUUUAAGCCACCCCACUGCCAUGUUUCAUACAGAGACCAAUUAUACAGACAGACAGUGAGCCUAUGAGAGACACAGAGGAAAAAAUGUAUUUUAACAUAAUAAGGGGACUUUUUCAGUUCAUUUCUUAAAAGAUUAUAUUUUUAUUAGGUUUUUGAAUAAAAUAGGAAUUUACUUGGGACAUUUUUUUAGUCUAAGCUAACUUGUUGAUAGUUUUAAAUGUCAGAAUAGUAAGCAUAAUAUUACCCUUAAGUACUAAGUUUCCUCCCAUUCCAAAGAUACAUUUCCCACUGUGUAAGUUUAUAUUUAACUUCAUAUAUGACCAUGACGCAUGAUUCCCCCAUUGUCGCUGUCGUCGUGUCCGGCCAUUAGGCUUUCUUCCGUUUGAUAAGAUAUGACCAGAGUCUAGGGCUACGGGGCAGACGGGGACUCCAAGCACCGGUAACCCAUAUAAAUAUAGACGAGCGUAAUUUAAUAACGAGGCUAGAUAAUUGCCCGCUUUGCCAUUAUUUAUAGUUCACACUUCUAAAAGAUAUAUUAGGAAUUUAUGCACUUGUUUCGGGAAUGUUUAAUGAGCGAUUUGCCAAGAGACUGUGGGAUGCCAGGGAUUAUGGAAUGCCAACUAAUUUGUUGGCUAAGAUGCCUUGAUAUUGGAAUGCCAGUGAUUUCUUGUUGGGUUUAUUACGCUGCUAUAAAUAAACAUAAGUGCGGAAAUUAUUUAAGUUUAUAGUUUUGAGGGAAUAAUUUUCAAUUUUAGAAAAGAACUCAGCAAUGCGGAAUGCUCUUACAAUGCCCAAUAAAUAUCAUUACACUUGAUAAAUCAUUUUGAUUUCCACAAAUCAAUAUUUAUAGCAAUCGUAACAAUGAUUUGGUGCUAUCUUGAUGCAAUCAUACUCUUGGAAAUUCCAUGAGAUAAGAUUUCUCAGAUAAUUUGUUUAAAAUGAAUAUGGCCAAGAAUUUAGUCAGCCAAAAGUAGACAAGACCACAGGGCUUUUGAGACGGCAACAAGUUGCGAAAAAGUGACAAACUGGGAAUAGGAAGCAGCCAUAUACAAGUAUAUAUAGUACAGAUAUAUAUAUAUAUACCCAGACUAAUGUCGAAUUUGUGUUGUUCUAUUGCCAAAAAGAAAAUCGGAAAAUUGUAGAAAAUGUGCUAAACGACAACAGGCAAAAUAAUUUCAUUCGCGUACAAAAACAAGCCGCAAAAUGAGCGACAAGCCAAAAAAGAGCGAAGCAUACAAAUUGCUCUGCAAUUUAUUUUUAUACGAAACGAAACAGACAAACGCCAAUACAAAUAGGAGUCCAUACAUACAUAGGAACAUAUAUAUGUAUGUGUGCAGUUGAGGUUUGCCCCCUAUAUUUGUGCAUGUGUUUGUUUAUUUAUAGAUAUACGUAUACGUGAAGAGAGUCGAUCGAACACUUUUCUCUCAGUGCGCGGCAGUUAUCAGCCAAAAGAACAUUUAUAACCACAAAGGAACACACAUACGCCGCAUUGGCAAAAGGCAGAAACAGCAGAAACGGCAACGAAAACAGCUCAAAUCAAAUAAUGUGCGGCCAGGCCAAAACAGUUUGAGGCAAAACGCUCGCUCGCGAUGACACAAUAGCAAAAUAGUGGCGCUGGCGAUUGAAUUUUGCGCUUAAAAUCAAGCAUACGCAACGUGGUGCGCCCCCGACUAGCUAUAAAUAAAGAAUCGUUCUUUUGUGCCAUUUUUUAAGUGCGCAAAACCAACACAGUUUUCAAAAAUCGUGCCAUAAGUGAAGUGAAGUUAACACGCAAAAUGUUGAGUGAUGAAUAAUUAUAGAUGCCAUUAAAUAUUGUUGAAAAAAACAAAAACAAAUAAAUAAAUACUAAACAAAACAUCUAACGUCAAAGAGAAAAGAAUUCGGUGGAAAGUUUGGUGAAACUGACAGCUGCACGACGGGUCAACGUUUGCGGGAAAUCGGCGUUAAGCGACGCAGCAAUAUGAUCUAUAUAGAUGAUUCAGAGCCGGAAGGUGUUUUGGAACCAGCGUUUCCCAUGCGCGAUGUGACCAUAAAUCGCAACGUCGAUGCCCAUAAACUUUACGAUGUGCUGGGUGAGGUGGGCCGGGGAAAAUUCGGUACGGUAUACAAGUGCAAGGACAAGACGAAUGGCCUGCAGCUGGCGGCCAAGUUCGUGCCGAUACCAAAGCGCGAGGACAAGCGGAAUGUGGAGCGGGAGGUGGAGAUUAUGAAUUCAUUGCAGCAUCACCUCAUUAUACAAUUGUACGCGGCAUACGAAUAUCAGAAAAUGAUGUGCGUCGUCCUGGAACUCAUUGAAGGUGGCGAGCUUUUCGAUCGCGUGGUGGACGAUGAAUUUGUUCUUACCGAAAGGGUCUGCCGUGUCUUCAUUCGCCAGGUGUGUGAGGCCAUGGCUUUCAUCCAUGGCAAUGGCAUAGUCCAUCUGGAUCUGAAGCCCGAAAAUAUUCUGGUACUCACGCAGAAGGGCAAUCGCAUUAAGAUCAUUGACUUUGGACUAGCACGUAAAUUUGAUCCAGAUAAGCGUCUUAGGGUUCUCUUCGGCACACCAGAGUUUGUGGCGCCAGAAGUUGUUAACUUUGACUGCAUAUCCUAUGGAACUGAUAUGUGGAGUGUCGGUGUUAUAUGCUACGUGCUCAUCUCAGGACUGUCGCCUUUCAUGGGCGAGAACGACAUUGAAACAAUGUCAAAUGUAACCAUUGCAAAAUACGAUUUCGAGGAUGAAUGCUUUAAUGGCAUAUCCCCCGAGUGUCUGGAUUUCAUAGCCAAGCUGCUGGCAAAGGACCUGAGUACCCGGAUGACAGCCGCCGAGUGCAUGAAACACAAAUGGCUUCAGCAGCGGCCGGCUACCGCAGCCACAGCCACGCCCAUCACAAAGUCGCCCACCGUGGCGUCCAAGUCGCGCCUGAAGUCUGUGUCUCCGGUGACGGCUCCCUCGGAAUCCUCCGAGGACUCCACGGAAACCAUCGAGGACGAAGAAGACGAGGAGGUAGAAGUGGAGCAGUCCAAGCAGGAGGAUAGCAAGCAGGACGAGGAGCUGGCCAAGCUCUGCAGCGCCGCUGAACUAGAGGACAAAGAGCUGGAUGCCACGAAGGACAAUCUAAAGAACUUUAUCGUGCGCUGGGAGACGCAUCCGAACAGUCCGUACGUGUUCGACGUCGAAGGCAAUGUGAUUGCACCGUUGAGCGAGACGAGCUACCCGCAUCCCCGGAGGACCCAGGACAGCCUCUCCUCCUCUAGAGUUUGUUCACCUUCGCCAUGCGAAUCGAUUGCUACUAUGACGGAUGACGAGCAAGGUGAGGAUGACAACCUGCAUGAAGAAGAGGAAGCCCGCAGUGUGGACAACGAGAGUCCACAUUCGGUGGCCACGCCAAUAAAUGAAUCCAAGGAGAAACUAUUCCCAACAGUGACCACCUCCAGUCCGGCUACACCCACCCCGCAACACCUAUUUAAUGAGAACUUCGAUGAGUUCUCCGGGAGCCAAUCCACCGCCCAGCAGCAGAGGAGUAUGAAGAGCUACCUGCACACUUUUGAUCGUAGGAACUCGGAUACCACCUACCUUCUGGGUCGUCGAAGUUCCGGGGAACGUGUUAAUCUGGCGGAUGAGAUACGGAAGCUAUCCGAUCACCUGCUCAUGCUGGCCGAGAUCAACACCAAGUUGGGGGAUGCCAAUAACAACAACGGUAGUAGUAGUAGUGGAGCAGCUCCUAAUCCUCCAGCUCCUGCUGCUCCUUCCAUUUCUGUGGCUCCUUCUGGUAGCACUUCUACCAAAACCUCUGAGAUCAGUCAGGAAGGGAAUAGGUGGACCAGCAAAACCACAUCUAGCAGCAGCUGGAAUCGGCCCACUGCGAAAGGAGGAUUGCUCAGCCAGGCUAGCAGUAGUUCUCAGAGCCAAAGCAGCUAUGAUGAUGGUCAGGGCAAGACCAAGAUCAGUUCACUCUCUGUAAGAUUACAGCAGUCUAUCGAGGAGACACCCAAGUUAAGCAAUGGCAACAGUUCCACAAGCAAGUCGCUUUUGCAAUCCCAGCGCAAGUCCACGGUGCAUACCAUGAGCAGUUCCAAUGCCAAGAGCAUCACCAGCCAGCAUGUACAAAAAACCAGCACCACCUCUUCGAAGGUGUUCUCCAGCAGCACCAGCAGCAGCACGUCGACAAGCUCCAGCAAUCAAGUCACCUCCAGCACCAGCAACCAAUUGCCCUACAGCGUCAGCAACCCAAUCUCUACCAGCGCCAGUAGCGAAUCAGCCAGCAGUCGCCGUGCCAAAUUCCGGAUAAAUCAGAUGAGUCGAGAUGUGCCUGUGGGACUGCCGGACACCCAUCAAACCGUGAAUCUGGAGGAGGCGGCUAACACCACCAAGGACUGUCUGCUACAUCUGCUAGAGAAGUACAAUGAGACUCGCAUCCGCAAUCCGGUGGGUCGUCACCAGAGCAUCAGCGUGGACUGGCAUGUCAGCGACAAUCUGGAGUACCGUUCCAUGAGCUCAAUCAAUGCCUUCUUCCAACGGCACAAUCACAAUGGUGGAGGCCACAACGUUCGGCACAUUCAAGCCCAAUUAGAGGAAAAGGCGGCGGGGAAGUAGGUGACCAGUUCAGAGGAGUCCACUGUAUAUAUCCGAUAUAUAUAUAUAUAUAUUUGUAUGUAGGGAACAGAUCAACUAAAUGGAACAUAGGUAAAACUACAAAGCGUCGAAUCAAACAAAUUAAUAUUUAUAAACUUGAUGUAAGCAAUAAAUCAAAUUAAAUUAUUGAAUAAAAGUGAAAAUGCAAUUGCUUUCCGUUGAUUUGGGUUUCGAAUCACCAUAAUCUCUUAAUUACAUUGAUAAAAAUAAACAAAAACCACGAUGUUUACUACCAACUAGAAAAUCAAAAACAAUUUAUUGCAGAAAAACAAAUAUUAACUUAUAAAAUGUACAAAAUUUGUUUAAUAAUCUACGGCUACAACCAAAGCGAUGGAUAGGAUUAGAGUCAAUUAAUAACAAACAAACAUGUAAAUGAUUUUAUGCAGAUGGUUUUGGGUAUUUUUUGUGUUUUGUAUUUUGUAUUUUGUAAAGAGAACAUUCGGUGUUGUUUUGUGUUUUGUGUUUUGUUUAUUGAAGUAUGAGUGUUGCGUAUGAUAUAAUUAAACAUAGAAUAUCUAUACAUAUAAAUAUUAGGAGAAUACUUUGGAUUUUGUUCUUAGUUAGGCCUUACAAAUAUAUGCUUUGUAUGUUAUUAUGAAGGAUAGGCUCUGCCUAUGUGUAUAAUAUAGUAAUCUAGUUUUUGUACAUGAUAGUUUUAGGCAAAAUUGUUUUCAUAAUUUGCCCAGAGAUCAUAGCAAAUCAUAAAAGACAUUUUUACCACUGGUUAGGGUUAAGAAAUGAGAGCGCGACAAUUUUGUGUGCAUUCGGCGGCCGCGCAAAUAAUCAUGGCAUCCAAACGUGCAGAAAUUGACGAAAAUAAUUCAAA